AUGCGACCACAAGGCACCGCCUUUUCCGACUCUGCCCGCAAUCGCGACAGUGUCAUGAGCUUGGGAAGCAUUGCUCACAUGCAAUACUACUUUGCUCGUACUGGUCUUCUCGAUGGCAAGGGUGCUCAGUUUGCGAAGCCAAAGAAAGGCGUCAAACAACUAGACACCAACGUCGCAAUUUACACCACAUCAGAGGAUGGCUUGGUCGAGAGUCCGAAAGAAGCCAACGAAGAAUGGUCAGAGCCUGUCAUGCUACCACCAACUGUCUCAACAUAUGCCUACAAAGAGCCAAAUGUACCACCCCCACCAGAUCUCNNCCCUGUGCUUCGUCAACAGCUUCGCGAAGCUCUGGACGAUGCUCAAAAAGUACUUCAAGAGUCGGCCGAAGGUAUCACGUACGACGAUGCUACUCGAGAAGCAAUCGUCGAAUCCGUCCGAGCCCCUACGAACCCCGAUGAACCUCCAGUCGCUCAAGGCUGGCACGAGAUUAUGGGUCUCCACCUCCUCGAUAUCAUCACCCUGGCUAUUCGUGCCGCAAAGACAUACUACACAUCACACCCGCGUCCGCAGCAGCUCUAUGCGAUCCAGUCGGAGCGUAAGAUUCGUGGAGACUUGUACGAAGUCCUCGAUGUUCUGAAACGCGCAGCCGCUAGAGAAUUCCGUGGAGGCAUCAAAGAGGAGGAAAGAGCUGCGAUAAGUUCUUGGAUUGAUAGCAUCAAUGACCUGAUGUCGAAAGAGCAGUCCCACGAGCAGGAAGAGCAAGACUCUCGGACUAAAUGCGCCUGGCGUCAUGGAGAUUGGACUGGUCGGGAGCGCGAAAGAGAAUGGCUUUUCAUGUCGUCUUUCGACACCAACUCAGACCCUCUUCCACAAUGGACCGAAUCUACUCCAGACGAACCUUCUCCUUUCCUACAGGCUCUUCAGAGUGGCCUACGAUUGGUGCAGCUUCACAACGAGAUGGUACGCCGCUCAGAGCGACCGUUCGGCGAAAUCAAGACUUUCUUCACAGACGUAGCAAAGCCAUAUCGAUGUGCCGAAAACUUGCGCUUUUGGUCAAAAGCUUCAGAGCUUCGAUGGGAGACCGUCUUAUCGUUCAACGUGCUCCACGUUGUACAUGGCAAGGACGCAGAAGCUUGGAAACAGUUUGAAGAGACUGUAUUCAAGUGGUGCCGUGGAGUAAGAGAGGAGAUUUCGAAAGAGUGGGCAGAGUCUGAGAGAUCUGCGUAA